AUGGCUCACAGAGUCCUGCACUUCUUCGCUGACUUCUUCGUCUAUGAAACAGCCAAAUCGGUUGUGGUGAAGAGCUGGUCUGUUGGAAUCAUCAACCGUGUCACCCAGCUGUUAAUUAUUCUUUAUUUCAUCGGAGGCAAUUUCCCUUCAAGCCUAAACAAGUCUUACAUUCAGAGCUGUCAUUACGACCCGGUGGACCAUCCGUACUGUCCGGUCUUUAAAGUGGGAGAUAUCCUGAGACACAUCAAUCAAAGUUUGGAUAACAUUACUGACAAACAAAGAAAAGGCAAUUUCCCUUCAAGCCUAAACAAGUCUUACAUUCAGAGCUGUCAUUACGACCCGGUGGACCAUCCGUUCUGUCCGGUCUUUAAAGUGGGAGAUAUCCUGAGACACAUCAAUCAAAGUUUGGAUAACAUUACUGACAAAGGAGGAGAGAUUGGUAUUAACAUCAACUGGAAGUGUAAUCUGGACUAUAAUGUAACAUACUGCAAUCCCAAUUACUUCUUCACACGCUUGGAUGCUGCUUUUAAGAACAGCGUUGCCUCUAAAGGAUAUAACUUCAGGUUUGCUAAAUACUAUCAGUCUGAAGAUGGAACUGAGUGUCGAACGCUUCAUAAAGCUAAAGCAAUCCACUUCGAAAUAAUCGUGUCUGGCAAUGCAGGGAAGUUUAACACUGUGCCGUUUCUGAUUAAUUUGGUGACAGCUUUAACUUCAGUGGGAUUGGCUACUGUGUUCUGUGACAUCAUCCUUCUCAACUUUCAUAAAGGGGCGGAUGAGUACAAAGCAAAGAAAUUUGAAGAGGUAUCAGGUGUUGUGUCCGAGUCAGCAAACAACAGACUCUAUGAGGGAAGCCAGAUGUCAAUCAAAGCAUUGGAGAAGAGCUCAAACGACUCAGGGACCUUUUCUAUCGGACGACAGGAGUCACACACCCCGCCAAACCAAUGAGACUUUCAAAUAAUAAGGAUUUGUGAUUUUAUGCAACAGUAUACAGUAACAGACAAGUAACAGUAUUCAAAUCAUCGUUUGUUUUAAGUCUGUGAACCUUUAGGGCUUGGUUUGAUAAAACAAAUUUAAAUAAAGGCUUUCUUCAGUCAACCACAAACCCUGAGAAAACACACAUCUACACUUAUACACUACUAGU